UUGUAUUUUAGUAGUUGGCCAACACAGUGCAAUGCAUUACCGCCAGGUGUUAUUCCGCGAGGCCCACAAACGUCGAACACCUACACCACAGCGCAGAGCUAUAAUGCAAGACGAGUACAGAAUGAUAAUCAAACAAAUGCUUUACAAGCUGCAGUAAUCUAUAAGCUAAAGUCCGACAAAUAUGAUUCAAGUGUACCGCCAAUUUCAAAACCAGAUCAAGGUGUUAUUGUUUAUGUACGUCUGUUGAUACAUCGUCUUAUUUGGUUUGAUAAUCAAGCGGAAGCGCAUAUAAGUUUAAAAGAACAAUGGCAAGAUCCACGUUUCCAAGUACAUUCAAAACAGGCGGUAACAUUUCGAUUGCCCGACGAUAUCAAAAUAUGGGUACCGGAUACCUAUUUCUCAAAUGCUGUAGAAAAAAAAUUAGGCGACAAAGUAUUUCGAAUUGUUGAAGAAUCUGGAUAUAUAGAUACUCAUCAAAAGAACUUCUGUACCAAUGGGUUCCAACGCUAUCCCCAGUUGAGCUUGCUAAUCAAGUGCUAUCCGAAAGAUAUAAAAAUGAAAGUUACGAAAUUCAAGAUUGUAGCAAGAGAUAUUCGCCAGCUUUAUUCUUCAGAUUCCUACUCUUGCCUGGAAAUAAAUCUCACAUUCGUUGGGCCAAUUAAACAAGGAAUAUUCAAAGUUUUUCUUCCGUCAUUGCUUUUGGUUUUCGCCUCAUGGCUACACUUCUGGAUCAAUGGAUCUUGGUCUGUGCCCCGUACAUUGUCUGCUGGAGCGCCAUUCCUUAUAUUUGCAAUCUUGCUGAUGUUCUUCCCAAAUAUGUAUGAGGAUUAUUCAAGGGGUACUCGAACGUGGUUCGUUACUUGUCUUCUCUUUACUUUUGCAUCCUUCGUUGAAUAUUUUCUUGUGAUAUGUUGCGGUAUGAGACGAACAUUACGUUACACCAACGGGCUCCUUGAAAGUGACCAUCCGGUAACAACUAAAGAGGUAACAACCACUACAAUUUCAAUGAAUAAUUCAUCUUUCAAUAAACGAGCACCACUACCACUAUGCUCUUCCUUAAACCUAAAUCCAAGACAGCCGUAUGGAACCUCGGCCCGCUAUGAUCCGCAACGAAAGUUCCCUAGAUAUUGUUUCACGACUGCUGUUCCCACUCAUUUUUGUAAUAUUUCUUUCCAUAUACCUCCUCGUACAGUUACUGUAACUAUAUAG